CGCACUCUCAGUGCGACCCUGCCGGCGCACCGCCCACCGAGGUCCUCCGGCCCCAGCGGGGGUGCUCGUGGGGGAAACUGAGGCAGGGAGCGUGCUUGUGAGUUCGUUCCUUCCUCAGUCCACACCCCAGGGCCCGCAAAACUGCCUCCCCCUUCUUACACCCGCAUGGAACAACAGGGAAGGACGGGGGGAAGGGGAAGGGGAAGGGGCCGAAAGCAAGCAGGGUCUGAGGAGCCGGCCACUCCUGCCACACUCAAGAUGGCGGCACGGCAGCGGCAAGGUCCCUCAGAGGCGGUACCAGCGCAUGCGCAGCGCGGAGUCCCGGCCCGGGACACAAGAUGGCGGCAGCGGCGCUGGGGAGGGCGAGGCGGAGGCGGCAAAACGGGCGGUCGAGCAGAACGUGUAGCCGCGUCCCCUCAAGUCCGCUUCGGGCAGUUGCUGAUGCAAGGAAUCCCCUGGGCCCAUCCACUCCACUGCUGACCAGCCCACCCACCUGUGCUGAGCCUUUCUGCAGGCUUCCCCCUGCCUCUGUGGGACCCUGUGAAUUGGGGUCCAUCAGGCUGGAUGAGAAAACCCUCUCAUGCUAGCGUUGCAGACCCCAGAGGGUGAGAAAAAGAGGGACCUCGUUCAGCCUUGAGACCUAUGAGCUCAGCCCCCAAGGCACCAAGAAUCCCUUCUCCCCAGAGAACCAAGGCAGCUACAGUUUUUUCUCUCCUUGGUCCUUUGUGGGUGCUGAGAUGGCCAAUGAGAAUCACGGCAGCCCCCGGGAGGAAGCCUCUCUGCUGAGUCACUCCCCGGGCACCUCCAGUCAGAGCCAGCCCUGUUCUCCAAAGCCCAUCCGCCUGGUGCAGGACCUCCCAGAGGAGCUGGUGCAUGCGGGCUGGGAGAAGUGCUGGAGCAGGAGGGAGAACCGCCCCUACUACUUCAACCGAUUCACCAACCAGUCCCUCUGGGAGAUGCCUGUGCUGGGCCAGCAUGAUGUGAUUUCGGACCCUUUGGGGCUGAAUGCAACCCCACUGCCCCAAGACUCAAGUUUGGUGGAAACCCCCCCAGCUGAGAACAAGCCCCGAAAGCGGCAGCUCUUGGAAGAGCAGCCAAGCGGCAAUGGUGUGAAGAAGCCCAAGAUUGAAAUCCCUGUGACACCCAUGGGGCCAUCGGUGCCCAGCUCCCCCAGCAUCCCAGGAACCCCAACGCUGAAGAUUUGGGGGACAUCCCCUGAAGAUAAACAGCAGGCAGCUCUCCUCCGACCCACUGAGGUCUACUGGGACCUGGACAUCCAGACCAAUGCUGUCAUCAAGCACCGGGGACCUUCAGAGGUGCUGCCCCCACAUCCCGAGGUGGAACUGCUCCGCUCCCAGCUCAUCCUGAAGCUUCGGCAGCACUACCGGGAGCUGUGCCAGCAGCGAGAGGGUAUUGAGCCACCUCGGGAAUCCUUCAACCGCUGGAUGCUGGAGCGCAAGGUCGUGGACAAAGGCUCUGACCCUCUGUUGCCGAGCAACUGCGAACCAGUCGUGUCGCCUUCCAUGUUUCGUGAAAUCAUGAAUGACAUUCCCAUCAGGUUGUCCCGAAUCAAGUUCCGGGAGGAAGCCAAGCGCCUGCUUUUUAAAUAUGCAGAGGCUGCCAGGCGGCUCAUCGAAUCCAGGAGUGCAUCCCCCGACAGCAGGAAGGUGGUUAAGUGGAAUGUGGAGGACACCUUCAGCUGGCUGCGGAAGGACCACUCAGCCUCCAAGGAGGACUACAUGGAUCGCCUGGAGCAUCUGCGGAGGCAGUGUGGCCCCCACGUCUCAGCCGCGGCCAAAGACUCUGUGGAAGGCAUCUGCAGUAAGAUCUACCACAUCUCCCUGGAGUACGUCAAACGGAUCCGAGAGAAGCACCUUGCCAUCCUCAAGGAGAACAACAUCCCAGAGGAGGGGGAGGCCCCCGAGGUGGAGCCCCGCCUGGUGUACUGCUACCCAGUACGGCUGGCCGUGUCUGCACCCCCCAUGCCCAGCGUGGAGAUGCAUAUGGAGAAUAACGUGGUCUGCAUCCGGUAUAAGGGAGAGAUGGUCAAGGUCAGCCGGAACUACUUCAGCAAGCUGUGGCUCCUUUACCGCUACAGCUGCAUCGAUGACUCUGCCUUUGAGAGGUUCCUGCCCCGGGUCUGGUGUCUUCUCCGACGGUACCAGAUGAUGUUUGGCGUGGGCCUCUACGAGGGGACAGGCCUGCAGGGAUCGCUGCCCGUGCACGUCUUCGAGGCCCUCCACCGUCUCUUUGGUGUCAGUUUUGAGUGCUUCGCCUCACCCCUCAACUGCUACUUCCGCCAGUACUGCUCUGCCUUCCCCGACACAGAUGGCUACUUUGGCUCCCGCGGGCCCUGCCUGGACUUCUCCCCACUGAGUGGUUCCUUUGAGGCCAACCCUCCGUUCUGCGAGGAGCUCAUGGAUGCCAUGGUCUCUCACUUCGAGAAACUGCUCGAGAGCUCACCAGAGCCCCUGUCCUUCAUCGUGUUCAUCCCUGAGUGGCGGGAACCCCCAACACCGGCGCUCACCCGCAUGGAGCAGAGCCGCUUCAAACGCCACCAGCUGGUCCUGCCUGCCUUCGAGCAUGAGUACCGCAGUGGCUCCCAGCACAUCUGCAAGAAGGAGGAAAUGCACUACAAGGCCGUCCACAACACGGCGGUGCUCUUCCUACAGAACGACCCUGGCUUUGCCAAAUGGGGGCCAACGCCUGAGCGGCUACAGGAGCUGAGCACCGCCUACCGGCAGUCAGGCCGCAGCCAUGGCUCUGGCUCCUCCUCAUCGUCCUCCUCAGAGGCCAAAGACCGGGACUCAGGCCGUGAGCAGGGCCCCAGCCGCGAGCCUCACCCUACUUAACACACCCUGCGGGGAGGAGGAGCCCCAGGGUGCUGGUAUGGACUGCUGGGACUCAGGCCUUUUGGGGCUGAGCAGACCCCAGGAUCCUCCCCCUGGGGUGGCAGUAGGACUCAGGCUGCCAAAGACAUAGGAAGAUAAUGGCUCUGCCAGGGCUCCCCCUCCCUGCCCCCAGCCCUGAACUUCCCACCUCAGACUCUCUCCAAGUCCCCUGUAAAUAGGCCCCAUGCCCUCCCUCCUUUCCCUCCAUCCUGUUGCCACCUUGUUGCAUUUGUAAAAGGAAAUACAGAAACCACCCCAAGAAUGUGUGAGGGUCUUAAGAACAGAGAAGGCUGAGGAACCUGGAGCUGUUUCUGGGGCCACACCCCUCUACAUCCAGGCUCACCGUCUCGUGAACC